AUGGCGAGCCGAGCCUGCACAAUCAAAGUCGUGGAGCAUAGCCAUGUUUCUCCUCCAGUAGGAUCAGUGCUCAAUACCUCCAUUCCUCUUUCUUUCUUCGAUCUGGCAUGGUUUUUUUGCAACCCUAUGCAAAGCCUCUUCUUCUAUCAAUUACCUUGCUCUACUUUCCGUUUCACCCACUCCAUUCUCCCUUCCCUCAAAUCAUCUCUCUCUUCUACUCUCCAAAUCUUUUACCCUUUCGCCGCCAACCUCAUAUGCCCUCCUUCACCACAAAAGCCCCAUAUUCUUUACACACGUGGAGAUUCCAUCUCUUUCACCGUUUCCGAGUCUUCUGCUGAUUUCGAUCAUACCAUUCGCUACCAUGCUCGAGAUGUACAAGAUCUCCUCCCCUUCGUCCCAGAUCUGCCUCACGCACUUGUGCACAACAACACACGUGUUCAGCCACUUCUGGCGUUACAAGUCACGGUGUUCCCAAACUCGGGGAUAUGUAUUGGGGCCGCGUUUAGCCAUGUGGUAGCAGAUGGAAGGUCGUUCCAUCAUUUCAUGAAAUCUUGGGCGUCCAUUUUUAGAUCUGCUGGAAACUCAGCACAGGCCAUGCCGUUCUUAAAUAGGAGUGUUGUACAGGAAAGAGACCCUUGUGGGCUUGCAUCAGUUUUCUUGAACCAGUUGUGGAGUUUGGCGUCUAACUCGGAGGACGACAAGGAACAAGUCUACCACGGCGUUUUUGCAGACAACAUUCGAACCACAUUAGUUCUGAGUCGAGUUGACAUCGAGGGACUAAAAACUCGUGUCUUGAAUCAGUGCAUCGAGAAAUAUGGAGCGGAGCUGCCACGCGCAUCAACAUUCGUGGGUGCUUGUGCUUUGGUCUGGACUUGUUUGGUAAAAACCCAAAAGCUCAGUGGUAGCGUAGAACAUCACCAAGAUGGCGAAUUUCACUACUUCGGCUUCGUGGCAGACUGUAGAAACAUGCCCGAAUUAGCUAUACCAGCGGCAUACUUCGGCAACUGUCUAGCAAUGUGUAUUCCACGAGUAAUGGGGAAUGAACUGGUGGGGGAGAAUGGCGUGUUUGCAGCCACGAAAGCCAUUGGAAACAGAGUCGAGGAAUUUCAAAACGGAGCAUUAAGAGGAGCUGAGAAAUGGAUUACUAAUUGGAUCGAAAUAUCAGAAACGGGUCGUCUUUCAACGGUGUCUGGCUCCCCUAAGUUACGUGCUUACGAUACCGAUUUCGGGUGGGGUAAACCGAAGAAGACCGAUGUGGUGCAUAGUAAUGCUUCGACUACUAUAUAUCUUGGGGACUGUAGAGACGAGGAAGGAGGUAUUGAGAUCAGUUUGACACUUAAAAGAGAUGAAAUGGAAGCAUUCACCGGCUUCUUUGAACAAGGCUUGAAGGCAAUUUAA